UGUCCUUUCAGGGCACACGAAGAGGCGGCGGAAACUUUUUCAGCCAUGUUUAGAUGGAGUAAAAUAUUGGAACUUGGCGCUUUUCUCGGGUUCACUCGGAAUAGGCACUUGUUCGAGGAAUGUUUACCCGUUGAGGCACAGACGCUUACAUUUACCCAACACCCUGGAAGUGGAAACUGAAGAAGUCGCCGAAUUUACAUCCCAUACAGGUGCGAGUGUGCUAGGAGCUGGGAGUCCCAGGCCAACGCUGGGACAGCAGGGGUCUCCAGGGCUGGACGGCUCGUCCCAGAGACCAGCUGUCCAGAAUGAGGCUGGGUUCUCCCAGCAUGCUCUGCAGCAGGCCGCCAUCCUGGAAGCCAGCCAACAGGAGGGGACCACAGAGAUUCCAAGCUGCAGCAACAGUGACGACGACGGCGGCGAAGAGGAAGAAGAGGAGUGCCACAAAAUGGAAGACAAGAUGCAAGGGAAUCCUCCUUUGCCUCCGCAGUCACCACCACCUCAUGAUGCCGUGUUGGCAGACAAAGUACUGCAGUUACCAGAUGACCCAAUGAUGGUUGCCUGCAGCACUCUGAUUUCAGAACAGGUGUCAUCUGCUAGCUGCUCCUCAUCAAGCUGCAUGUCUGCAGGCUCUCCUUUGAGUUAUGGCGAUAGUAGCUCUAGCUUUUCCAUGUCUGGGGAGCGGACCCACUUCACCCCGCUUAGAGGUCCACAUGGGAAAUUCAUCUCUCCAACGCAGUUGAGCUUAUCUCCUAUCAGUUUAGAGCAGAGUCCCCGGCCACCAAAAUGGGACCGUAGUCAGACACACAUUGCAGAACAAGCUAAACAUGAAGCAGAUAUUGAACAUCGCACAGCGGCUCUCAAACGUGAAGGCUUUUGGUCCAUGAAGAGGCUUUCUAGGGUACCAGAGCCAAGCAGGCCAAAAGUGCACUGGGACUACCUCUGUGAGGAAAUGCAGUGGCUUUCAGCUGAUUUUGCACAAGAGCGUCGUUGGAAGAGGGGUGUGGCCAGGAAGGUGGUCCGUAUGGUAAUGCGUCACCAUGAGGAGUUGCGUCAAAAAGAAGAGAAAGCUAAAAGGGAUGAGCAGGCCAAGCUUCGGCGGAUUGCCUCCUCCAUUGCCAAGGAGGUUAAGACCUUUUGGUCCAAUGUUGAAAAGGUUGUCCAGUUCAAGCAACAGUCACGUCUGGAGGAGAAGCGAAAGAAGGCUUUGGAUUUACAGCUUGACUUCAUUGUGGGCCAGACUGAGAAAUAUUCAGACCUUCUGAGUCAGUCUUUAAAUGAAACCGUCUCCGUUAACAGAGCUAGAAGAUCCUCUUCCUUGAAGGACUCCUACCCCAGUUCUUUGUCUUCUAGUCAGCCCCCUUCUGAUGAUGGAGACUUUGAACCCCAUGAUGAGGAGGAUGAUGAGGAGACAAUUGAGGUUGAAGAACAGGAGGAGGGUAAUGAUGCGGAGGCCCAUUUGCGGGAAAUUGAGCUGCUAAAACAGGAGGGGGAACUGCCUUUGGAGCAGCUGCUUCAGACACUACCAGCAGGCGUAUUGGAAGAUUCCUCUGGCAGCGAUGAAGAAGUUGAAGAGGAUGAUGAUGCAGAUGAGAGUGAAGAGGAAGAUGAGAGGCAGCAAAGCCAGCUCCCCAAUAACUUGAAACAAAACAAGCUGCAAACCUCUGGUAACGAGAUAUCUGUUCAUGGACAUAACUGUGAAGAAGAAGAAGACGAAGAGUUUACAGCCAAUGAGGAAGAAGCUGAAGAUGAGGAAGAAACCAUUGCCGCACAGGAAGAAGUCGAAGGCGAGAUGAACCAUGCAGAAGAGAUUGAAGAUCUCCUCCAGGAGGGUGAGAUGAGCUAUGACCAGCUCCUACAGAAAUAUGCAGGGGCUUAUGCAGAUGAAUUUGAGGUACCAGAGUCUGAUGGGUCUCGACAGAGCUCUGAGGAAGAUGAAUCCUUACCAGAUGAGGAUGAGGAGGAGGAAGAAGAAGAGGAGGAGGAAGAUGAAGUUGUGGAGGAUCAGGAUGAGAACAGUCACUUCUCAGGCACGUUAGAGGUUGAAGAGAGUGAUGAAGAUAGCAAUGGUGACAUUGGUGUAGAGUACCUUUUGAAGUCUGACCAGACUCCCCCUCAGCUUGCUAGGGCUAAUGAUAAAGGAGAUGAACAACAGGAUCUUGUCAAGAGCUCACCAACAAGGCCUAAGAAAGAGAUCACAGACAUUGCUGCUGCUGCUGAGAGCCUUCAGCCCAAAGGUUAUACCUUGGCCACUGCACAGGUUAAAACCCCCAUCCCCUUCCUGCUAUGUGGCACUUUGCGAGAAUACCAGCAUAUUGGACUUGACUGGCUGGUCACCAUGUAUGAGAAGAAACUAAAUGGCAUCCUUGCCGAUGAAAUGGGUCUUGGAAAGACCAUCCAGACUAUUUCGCUUCUUGCUCAUCUUGCCUGUGAAAAAGGCAACUGGGGUCCUCAUCUAAUCAUCGUGCCUACCAGUGUGAUGCUUAACUGGGAGAUGGAGUUUAAGAGAUGGUGUCCAGGCUUCAAGAUUCUUACUUACUAUGGGGCCCAGAAGGAGCGGAAACUGAAGAGACAGGGUUGGACAAAGCCUAACGCGUUCCAUGUUUGCAUCACCUCAUACAAACUGGUACUGCAAGACCAUCAAGCCUUUCGGCGCAAGAACUGGAAAUACCUAAUACUGGAUGAGGCUCAGAACAUUAAAAACUUCAAAUCCCAACGCUGGCAAAGCCUCCUCAACUUCAACAGUCAGCGUAGGCUCCUCUUGACUGGAACCCCUCUGCAGAACAGCCUGAUGGAACUCUGGUCCCUGAUGCACUUUCUUAUGCCUCAUGUCUUUCAAUCACACCGUGAAUUUAAAGAGUGGUUUAGCAACCCACUGACAGGCAUGAUUGAAGGGAGCCAGGAGUACAAUGAGAACCUUAUCAAGAGGCUACAUAAGGUACUCCGUCCUUUUCUGUUGCGCAGGGUUAAGGUAGAUGUGGAGAAGCAGAUGCCAAAGAAGUAUGAGCAUGUGAUCCAAUGCCGAUUGUCCAAGAGACAGCGGUACCUGUAUGAUGACUUCAUGGCACAAGCCUCGACACGUGAGACCUUAGCUAGUGGCCACUUCAUGAGUGUCAUCAACAUUCUGAUGCAGCUGCGUAAAGUGUGCAAUCACCCCAAUCUGUUUGAUCCACGGCCCAUACACUCUCCUUUCAUCACAGAAGGCAUCUGCUACACGACAGCCUCACUAGUACUGCGAGCGCUUGAGCCAGACCCCAUGAAGCGUGUGGACCUGGGAAUUUUUGAUCUUAUCAACCUGGAGCCUCGUGUAUCUCACUAUGAGACUGAUGUCUUCCUACCUCGGAAAAAAGUCACUCGGCGACUCAUUGAAGAAAUUGUGGACUCGCCUGACCCUCCACCUCGGCCUAAACCUGUGAAGAUGAAAGUCAACAGGAUGUUCCAGCCAAUGCCCAAAACGGAUGGUCGCACGGUUGUGUUGGUUAAUAGUCCCAGACCAGCUCCUCCUCCUCCUCCUCCUCCUCCUCCUCCACCCCUUCCACCUGCUCCUACUGCUAUCGCUACUCCUACCAGCACUCCUCCUCCUCCUCCUCCCCCCACUGCCGUUGUGCCAGAAAUUGCUUCGACUUCAUCUUUAAAUAUGCCUCUUCUCACUACUACCCCUAUAGCUCCAGUUCCUCCUCCUCCUCCUUCUGCACCCUCUCUUGUUACGCUUCCUCUUCCCCACACUGUACCAGUUCUUCAGCCUCCCCCCUCAACAUCUCUUUCUCAGACUUCCCCAACACCUCCUUCAUUUGGUUUGCCAGCAGGACAGUCGGUAGCCCCAACAAUUUCAAAUACCUGCCUCAACCAGAGCACAGUCACGCCUAUCUUGGCUGCACCCCUACCGACACAGCUACAUGCUGCCUCUUCAUCCCUGUCUGUGCCAUUUAGCACCCCUCGCCCAACCCCUGUAGCACCUUCAGCAGCCCCCAGCGCAAUUGCUCCAGCAGUGAAUCCUGCUCCUCAGUUGCCUGUGCUGGCUAUCCGACCUCCAGUAGGCACUGCUACUCUAAACCCAGGUGCAGUGAGUGCUGUGAUGAAGCCAGUAACGGUGUCGUCGCCUAGUGCUCCCUCACCACAGAUGGGAACUUUGACCAGCUACGCUGUGCCCAACGCCUCUUCUGGAGCAGUGACACAGCGGGUUCUCCUUUCACCAGACAUGCAGGCUCGCUUACCUUCUGGAGAAGUUGUGAGCAUUGCUCAGCUCGCCUCCCUAGCUAGUCGUCCCGUUCAGACAGCACAGGGCAGUAAGCCUGUGACGUUCCAGAUCCAGGGCAAUAAGCUGACCUUGUCUGGAGCACAGCUGCAUCAGGUUACAGUGGCAAGUCAGCCACGACAGGUCCAAGGGAAUGUUGUGCACCUUGUGUCUGCUGGCCCACACCUCAUCAGUCAGCCCACUCAAAUGGCUUUGAUACAAGCUGUGACCCAGCAGAGCACUAGCCAGUCAGCAGCAGGGCAGCCUUCUGGCUCCAGUGGUGCUACACCAGCUGCAGCUUCCACUACCAUGACACUGCCUCUUACUUCGCCACAGGGGUCAUCUUCUGUGAUAACCAGCUCAGGCAUUGUGAAGAUUGUGGUACGGCAAGCUCCCAAAGACGGACUCCCCACCUUAGCAGUACAGCCAUCUCCCCGAACAUCUCCAGCUCUAACUGCCAUGGCACCUUCUCCAGGUCCUUCAAGUGCCUCGUGUGCUCAGCCUAAGCUACAACCCCCUCUAGCACAAAUCAGACCUGCUGUCACCCCUGCAGUUGUUCCUCAGGCUGUACCUUCCACUGCUGUAUUGCGCCUACCAGGACAGAUUAACACACAACCAACUCCAAAUGUUCGGGCUCAGGCAGCUGUGCCAUCUGGCACAGUCAAUGCAGUUGUGAGCACAGGCAUAGUCCAUUCUGCAGUUUCAAUGCCAUCACAGUGUCCUGUUUCUGUGAGACCUCCAGUGCCCAUAAAGGCACAGCAACCUGUUGUGCCAACAGUCCGGACCACCGUUCCACCUGCUCAGACACUCAGUCCUGUCUUUGCCCCUUCCACUUCAGUGUCCUCACAACACACAAUUCCGCCAGUAACGAGGAGUGUCCAAAGCUCAGCACAAGUUCCGCCACAGCCUGUGCGACCAUCCCCUGCUCCCCAGGUGGUUGUGGUCACUCAGCCUCAGCCUCCGCCUCCAGCUCGGAAUAAUACCCCAACUCCCCCACCUGGACGGUCUAUGCUUAGAGUUCUACAGAGUCCAGGAACCUCCAGUGAGCCAGGUCUCAGACUGACCGUUCGUGAUGACAAUAAUGAGAUCAUCACUCUUCGCUCGGUUGACCGCACAUCUUGCUAUACACCCCUGGCUGCCUCGCUGACUUCGCACAGAGUUCGUCCCCAGCCUCCACCACCUCCACGUUCACCCUUCUACAUGUCUUGCUUGGACAAGAACAAGAAGCAGCAGCGCAAGGAACGGCUGGACCGAAUCAUCCUUGUUAAUGAGCAUCACUGUGGAGCAACGCCCAUUUACGGGGCAGAGGUUCUACGGCUUUGUUCCUUCAUUGACAUCCCAUCAGCUUCACCUGCUAGUGGCGAGUGGCACAAAGCUGGUUACUCUAAUUGUUUGGCUGCACAGAUGCCACUGGACUCUUACCGACCAGUACAAUUCUGGGAGCAGACCGUUGCACUCAGUGAGGCCAUCUGCAACCCACUACAAAGGAUAGAGGAGCUUGCUGGUGUCAUUGAUAGGUUUAUUUUCACUAUACCUCCUGUGGAGGCACCUGCCAUCACUAUGCAUGCCUCUCACGCACCACCUUCGCUCCUGCAUGAUCAGGCCAUGUUCCGCCAGAGGCUGCGAAUAGAUCUCUCUCCACGUACUGCAUGCUUACACCGCGUUGUCUGCAAUAUGAGGACGCAGUUCCCUGACCUCCGGCUCAUCCAGUAUGAUUGCGGAAAGCUCCAGACACUCCAUGUGCUCCUGCGUCAGCUGAAGAGCAACGGUCAUCGUGUUCUCAUCUUCACUCAGAUGACACGUAUGCUGGAUGUACUGGAACAGUUCCUAAACUACCAUGGACACAUUUAUCUUCGACUGGAUGGCAGUACACGUGUAGAGCAGAGACAGGCCCUUAUGGAGCGCUUCAAUGCAGACAAGCGCAUUUUUUGCUUCAUUUUGUCGACUCGUAGUGGUGGUGUAGGAGUUAACCUGACGGGGGCAGACACCGUGGUCUUCUAUGACAGCGACUGGAACCCUACCAUGGAUGCCCAGGCGCAGGACCGCUGCCACAGAAUUGGCCAAACACGAGAUGUGCACAUUUAUAGGUUGAUUAGUGAACGUACGGUGGAGGAGAACAUUUUAAAGAAGGCCAACCAGAAAAGAAUGCUAGGGGAUAUGGCCAUAGAGGGUGGCAACUUCACCACCGCCUUCUUCAAGCAGCAAACAAUAAGGGAGUUGUUUGACAUGACUGGAGAAGAGAGGAAAGAUGCAGAGCAGCAGGUCCAAGCAUCUGUCAGAUCUGAAGAUGAGGAAUCGAUCUCGUCAAAGCAGGCUUCCAUACUGGAACAGGCACUUUGCAAAGCAGAGGAUGAGGAAGAUAUUAAGGCUGCUUCUCAGGCAAAGGCUGAGCAGGUAGCUGAGCUGGCAGAGUUCAAUGAGAACAUACCACUGGAGGAUGGUGAAGGACCUGGGCGUGAGGAGGAAGAGGAGCUAUCAAAGGCUGAACAGGAGAUUGCUGCCCUUGUGGAACAGCUGACCCCCAUUGAGAGAUACGCCAUGAAUUACCUCGAGGCUUCUCUUGAAGACAUCUGCAAGGAGGAGUUGAAGCAAGCUGAGGAGCAGGUGGAAGCAGCACGCAAAGAUCUGAAUCAAGCAAAGGAAGAAGUGUUCAGACUGCCUCCCGAUGAUGAAGUGAGGCCAUCUGAGGAGACUACCAACCGUAGGCCUAGGAAGCUAAAAGACAGAGGUUUGAGUACACGCAUAAGUGAGCGCUUGAGGACCCCUCGUGUGCCUGCCAGAGAAGCACCAAACAUGGAGGAGAAGUUUGAGCCUUCGGUUCAGGAAAAGACUGUGGAUGAUGAGAGGGAACACAUUAGAGGAAAGGAAGUGAGGUUACAGAGAUCAGCCGAGUCCCCUGUAAUUAACCAAGCUGAUCAAGUCGCAUCAAGUCCCACCUUAUCUCGGGACUUAACUGAGCAGGAAAUCCUGUUGCAACAGGCAAAGGGGAGAAGGUUAACAGAUACUGGACUGACACCAAAUGGUGGGCAGAAACCAUUGACUGAUUUAAAGGUGAACAGCGAAGGCCUUAAUCUUGUCGCAUUGUCUCCGAAUAAAGGAAGUCAAGCUUACAAUAUGGAAUUCUCGGCAGAUGUACGGGAAAUACCUCCUUCAUCUGUUGAACAAGUGCCUGUGCAACAUCUUGGCAAGUUUGUGGAGCAGACAUCUAAUAAGGAGAAACUGAUCACUGAAAAAGAGAGGCACUUACAUCCUGACGUCAAACCACAGACACUAAUUAUUGAAGAGACUGCUGCUCAUCUAGCUGAAGGGCUCUCCCAGAAUGUCAGUCAUGUUAUUAGUGCACCAAUGUCCACACUCCAGCUGGAUAUGAAAAAGCAAGGUACUGAAAAUCCUGAACUGUCGGUUCCUGAGCGUAGCCAAAGCCAGAUCCUACUGCCCAGAGAAGAGCCAAUUAGAAAACUUCCUGUAGUGCAGCAAGAUGCCAUGCAGCAGACAGUCAACGAGGAGAUGUUGGCACAGCCUGCUACACAGAAUGCAGUUGAAACAGUCGCUCAACAAGAGUAUGAAGCAACUGUAUCUGUAAAAACUAAUCCAGUGACUGCAUAUGCAGCCGGUAACCCUCGUGCACUACAGAAUUUGGAGAGAUCCGCACCCGAGGCACCAGUUGUAGAUAGAAGAGCUGAAGAGGCUCUAAUCGUGAUACCACCCAAGGUUAAAGAUGUGCCUUGUAUAAAGGACAAAUCAGAUAUUCCCCAAACACAGGACAGCUUUAUUGCCGUCUCCGAGUCACUAGUAACUGUGAGUGACGCCUCAGCAUCUCCUUCCUGUAACUCUGUGAACUCGACUAUUGAUACCAAAGAGAAACUCUCAAUUAACACUGAUCACUCUGCACUACACGUGUCGCCAUAUGCAUCUGAAGACUCUUCACAGAAAAGCAAGAUAGAUAGUUUAGACUACCUGUUACAUCCUAACAAAGUGCACACAUCUGACAGUCAAAAGCCUGAGGAGCAAAUCUGCAUGUUUGACCAACAUUGGAAGGAGCUUCCAGAACAAAGUGACCUGCCAAUAAGAAACGUGUCUGCUUCUGAAAAGUAUGGACUUGAAACCUCUGUUCCACAAGCAUUUGUGCAGGAUGUCCAAGGGGAAACAUUAGCUGAAAAUGAACAUAUCAAGGAAUUGGCAACAGACACGGUCUUUCCCAAACAUUUUGACAGCUCACAGCAGGACAAUCCUGUCUCUAACACUCAUUCCGCACUUUGUGUUGAAGAUUUUCCUAAUUCUGCAGCACCUCUGGAAGCAGGUGACAGUUCCAUUUCUUCGGCAUUUGAAUCUCCUAAGAAUCGUCCUGACAGUAGUGGAGGCACAGAAAAGACUUUAUCCCCUGGUUCAGACAAAGACUCGACACCUGUGAAGUCCCCCCGCAGAAGAAUUUCUGCAGAUGGACAAAUCUACAACAGUCGUAAAGAUGAUUCACCUGCUGCCAAGGUGUUGAGGAAACUCCCUGGAAGACUGAUUACCAUUGUGGAAGAGAAGGAACUCAAGCGUAAGAAGCGUGGAGCUUAUAAAAAACGCGCAAACCGCGAUGAGGUUUCCUCACCUGUGGCUUCUCCCACGUCUCCACCGUCAGAAUCGACCCCUGAGAAGUUCCCUGCUAGUCACCAUCCUCUUGUCAGCUCCAAUAACAGCCAAUCAGAUUCAGAGUCGACGGGUAACUUCAGCAGUCCUAGUCGGGAUGUUAAAGAUAUGCCAGUACUGAGAAAUCUUCCAGUCAGGCGCAGGUUGGAGACGGAGUCCAGAAUGGCUGCUCAGUUAGGCCAGAAGCUGGGCAGGAAGAAGAAAGAAAGCAAAGAUGAGCGACUGAGUGGGAGAAAGAAGAAGCUGAUGACAAGCCCAGAAAUGGAAUUGCUUUCCAAAGGGUCAGAAAUGAGUAAAGAUUUGUUACCUCAACAGGUACAACAUUCACCAACCUCAUUCAGCAUUAUUGGACAGGCUCCUGACAAGCUUGUAGGAAACACCCCAGAUGUACCUCCAAAGCGGAAAAGGGGAAGACCUCCAAAAACCCCUCCCACAGUGGUUUCUCCCGUCUCCUUUGUCAGCCAGAACACCUCCAAGCAGCAGUUGGAGGCUGGUACCCCAGCUGUAUCAAGUGUUAGUAGUAUGACUCUGAGCCCCAAACCUCCGUUUCCUUCCAGCCCGAUAAGUUUGCCCACGAACACACUUCAUCGGACAGAUGUUGAAUGUGUAUCUCCAGUUCCAAAGCGAAAGAGAGGGAGACCUCCCAAACACAGACCAAAGGUUGAGGAAGAGCUUUCUCCAAGUGCACAUGUACAGAAUAGUCCCAGCCAAGUGACCUUUUCUUCUCCAAAGCUGGAGUGCACUCCAGUUGAAGUCCCUAAAUGUGAUGUCCGGACAUCUCCUGAAAAAAUAAAUCCAAUGCAGAACAAGGUGAGGAGCCCUGGGAGACCUAAAAAAAUAAAAUGUGACAUCGUUGAGGAGACAGAGAAACCUUCUCCACCGAAGAAAAGAGGGCGGAAAAAAAUUAUUCCAGAAGAAAGGAAAGAAUCCGUACAAGAGCAAGUGGAGAAGGGCAACAAAACUGGAGAGAAACUUCGAGAGCCUUACAAAAACAGGGUUAAAGAGGAUGGCAAAGGGCCGAAGAUGAACAGGAACACGCAGGAGGCAAUUAAAAACCUGGAGAUGGCUGAGCAACUGCAAACCAAAAGUGACUAUGCUGUCACAGCCUCUCCAGGCAAGAAAAAGAAGCACCACUCUUCCCUGCUUUUGAAGCGCCGGUCCACUAGAGCAUCCAACUUUCUUCACAGCAGCUCUCUGGAGCAUAGCUCGGAUGCCGAGAAGCUGGAACCCAUAAAGACAGCAGCCAAGGAGGACAGGCAGCGGGAAGUGAAAAGAAGGGGUCGUACUCCAAAAAAGGUCAUAAGAUCCACCCAGGGAUCAGAAGUGAGGUCACGUUCACCGUCCACUUCAUCAGGUGAGGAGAGGAAUGUAGUACCGGCGCCUCGUAAAAAAGGGAGACCAAGAAAGAAGAGGAGGCAUGUGGGGCAGCACCGAAAGAGUGAGAAGAGUCCUUCAAGUACCCCUGCAGCUCCGAGGGUUACUCGAUCAUCAGGGUUUGAAACUUCCCAAAGCCAAGAGGCAGAGUCGGAGGCAAGCAGUGAAAGCUCUGAAAGACAUUCGGGCAAAAAGCGGGUGACAAGAGCUGCCAAACUGAGACUGCAGCCAUCUGGCCCAACAAGUGGAAAAUGUGCUUCGGUUGGCCCCCAGGUCCUGGCUAAUACCACCACUGGGGAGUCAGGAAGUGAGGCCUCCCUUGUCAUGACGCAAAGUUCCCAGACUACUGCUGCUGCGUCUUCCGACAGUGAACGCUCCAAGAAUGUUAGGGUCAGGGGGCGGUUAAGGGUUGCGGAAGAAGAAAACUUCCCUUCUGGUCGGCGCAAAGGAGCUCAUUCUUCUCAUCUCACCCCUUACAGCUCCCCAAAACUUGACCUUGUGAGGCGAUCCUCUGCCUUGAAUGCUGCAGCCAAACUAAUGGCGAUGAGAGGCCGGGGCAGGGCAGAAGAUACUUCUUCAGUGGACAGCAGUGCGUCGGAAAUGAGAAUGCCUGUCCGACAUUCGGGAGAAGCCAUGAGGGUCAAACAUGUUUAUGAGGUGCCAAGAUCGACCAGGCAAAAGCCUGGCAGUCUACUGCCGCCUCUCGAAAGCAGAAAACACAAAUCCAGAACUUCUACCACAAACACACAGUCUGCUGCAAGCCGAAGCCGUAGCAGCAGCAUCAACAGCAGCAAGAGCCAGAUGUCAAAAUGUGUCCAGCGUUCGGACAAAGAUGGUGAGGAUGACUCCGAGGACUCUGUGUCUUCUAGCGAGGACGGCACAAAUAGCAAAGGCAGUGUUAUCAGCCACCCCCAGCGGACCAAAAAGCGGCGCCCACGGUUGGAACAACAGGAAGACCGCUCAGAUAAGGAGUCCUCUUCUGGUGGGUGGCAGAGGCAAAAAAGGUCCAAAUUAAACUUGAACAGUUCCCAGGGUUUUAAAGUGGGUGGCCAUGGCUUGGAGGGGACUCCAGACCGGAUGCUUCGGAGUGUUGCAGCUGCAGCAGCGGCUCACGCCACGACUCCAGCUAACAAUACCCGCUCCUCUGUGGCUCCGUCUCCCACACUUAUGUUGCGGAGGGACAGUCAGGCCUUUGGCUCCUCAGUUACCAACAGCAGAAAACGGAAAAACAAAACAUGAUCAAGAAAAGUGGGGAGGGGGGGGACACCCCAAAAUGGAAUCUGAUUGUGCUUUGUUAACCUUGUGCCCCCUUUUUUAAGCUUCCUACCUGGAGUGCUAGUGAAGCCUGCAUUUCCAGGAGGAAUUUUUUUGUGGGCCCCAUGCAGAGCCUUAGGUUGUGAGUUCACAGCUGGCAUGAGGCCACACAACGAUGCGGUGGGGCAGUGGUGUCCGUAAAUCCAAGAUUUCCUUAGCUUUGUCAUCUAUUCCCAUCUCCCUUUACGGCGUCGGUGACAUUGGGCCUGAACUCCACUAAGGACUGACUACCCAAACCAGAUCUCGACUCUUCUUUUAACCUUGAGGUCCACUUCUAAUUGACUCUUGAGCCGUGCCAUGUUCAGUUUCAUUUGAUUACUCAACCUCCCAUACCCCGGUGCCCGGCUUUAAAGCUCUGUCAAAACAUUUUGGGAAUGUGUGACAUGUUGAGUAGAAAGUGGGGCAUUAGGCAAAGCACACCUUGGUGUCCUUCAAGAAGGUUUCUCUGGACGUGUACAUUCCUUUGAUUUUAUUUCUAUCCUGUGUGUAUAUAUGUUUAAUUUAUAGGACAGUUAGACCAAUUAGUGUGAGGACAGGGUAGGCUUAAACAGAGUGGGGUGGGAGGGAGGGAGGGAGGGAAGGGGUGCCACUUGCUUUGGAUGGUGUCCCUGUUGUGGAUCGACUUGCCGCUUCAGCGCCCCGACUUCUUGGAGUUAGGCGUGUAUCCCAUAUUGGGAGAUUCUGAGAGGAGCGCAUGUGUGUGCGAAUGAGUUGUGUGUCUCCUGAAGCUCACGUGGCAUGGCUUUGUCCCCCGCCAUUUAUUUGGAGUUUUAUUCUUUGUGUGAGAUUUGCAUCCCCAUUCUUUCCUGCGGGGGGUGCUAACAUUCUGGGCAUACGUACGUCUUGGUAUCUUCUGUAUUCUUGACUCGCUGAGCCGUCUAUAGUGUGCACGUGGUGCGCGUGAUCUUGAAGGCUCCCCGUAGUUCAAUCUAACAGCGAGUUUGCGUUUUCCUUUUCUUUUAUGUUUGCCUGCUAAUAUGAAAUUUUCAUUUUCUUUGUGUAAAAGCUGAGUGGCAGUUGUGGGGUUUGAAUGUGAAAACUCUUUUCCUCCCUAUACAGUAUGCGGGGGGGAUUGGAAUUUCCAAAUUUCAGACCCGAACUCGAGCCUGAUUACAUUCCUGAGCUUGAAAUGGUUUCAUUCUUUUUUGGUCCCCUCUUUUGUAACUUUUCAAAAUUUCAUUGCAGUUAAACAAUAGAAAACAGAAGAGCCCAGUGCUCCUCCAACUUGCUGGGUGUCUGCACCUUUUUCCUUUUCCCCCCACCCACAAGAUGGCGAGAUAUGUAUCUGUGUGUGUGCAUAUCUGUGUAUAAUAAUGUACUUGUGUAAUUAUGGAUGUAUAGUAUAUGAUUAUAGAUGUAAACCUUUAUGGAAACAGAAGUAUCAAAUUGUGUCGCAUGAGACUAAUUAAUACAGUGUCAUGCAUGGGAAUUUCCACUUUAAAGCAAUGUUAGCAUUUAUUUUGGACUGUGCCCUUGUGUGCUCAAAGUGGUGGGCAGCGAGGUGCGGUCUGCAGCCGGGCAUAUCAUCCACGAGCAGCGUGUAGACGGUUCAUCAUGGAAGUGUGGCGGGAGAGCGCAUGGUGAGGCGGGUGGCCUAAAUGGUUAGCCGGGAGUCGGCACUUAGGCCAAUAUUGCAGAUUGCUUUUCUUAAUUUUAUGUAUUUUUUUUGUAAAAUUCCUCCAGCCCCAAAUUCAGAGAAUGGACCAGCGAUCUCUGGAACAUUCUCAAACAAAUCUGCCUGAUGGGCAGGGUCUAAAGUUGCAGGGCAGCUUCUUGGCAGGGUUUCAUUUGAGGAGUUGCCGUGAUGGGCCUCGUGCAAAGUCGUCGAGUGGUGCUUGAUGCAGAGUGAUGCCUACUGGGCUGCCCUCGGUCCCUGUACCUUCCUGCCAACUCUCUUCACUUCCGUUUUAUCUUUUUUUUUUUUUUUUACUUAAUGAGCACCUGAAUGGCAAGCACUUUAAAAGCUCAUCGGAGAGAGGAGAGUGUGUGUGUGUGUGUGUGUGUGAGUGAGGGGGCGACUAGGUGUAGGUAAGCCCACCCUAGGCUAUCCAGGCCUUGAGUAGGUGCCCGGCUGCUUUUUGAUUUUUAAAUUUUAAUGUGGGAUUCAGAACUGCACGGGGGGGGUGCCUUUAGUGGCAUUUAGGACAGGAGAAGGAAACGAAUGCAGCCAUAAUGAAAUGUGUGAGUACAGUGACGCAGGUGUCUGGAUCUCCUCGUGUGCCCGGUAGACUUCCACUUGUCGAGUCCUUUAUGGCAGACCCUCCAUGAUUGUACCCCAUAACCAGCUGCUCACUUAUGUGGUGCGCUUCAUGAAAAGAAGCCGAAAGUGUCUGUCUGUCUGUCUGUCCGUCUCACUCUCUCUCUCUGUGUUUUAAAACGUACUUGAAGAAAAUUCAGAAGCAAGUUGACAAGUGCUCUCACUACAGUUACUGACCCGAAUCUGCAACACAACUGUACGCUGGCGUUUGUGCGCAAAUCAGUACCAAUAAGAGGGGCGGGGGGGGGGGGCUGUCAGAAUCAACGAUAAAAGAAAAAACGUCACCUGCAAAUGAGUGUGGGGGGUGGCGGCGGCGGCGGCUCUGUGUCCGGUGUCCUUGUUUCAGUCACCAUUGUGGUGCCGACGCUAGUUUUGUAAGGGGGGGCGGGUGGGGGGGUCGGUUGUGGGAAGCGUUGGAAGCAUCUGACGAUUUUCUUUUCUUUUUUUGUACUUUGCAGCUGUGCUGUGGGGUGCUCCUUCACCCCCAGAAUAAUCCCUGGCCCGCUCAUUCGACUCAGAAUUUUACCAUGCGAUGACGAAGGGAGAGUUGUUUUGACUCUUAGCUGUUUUAAUUGUGUAAUUAUUAUCACAAAGGAAAAUCCCGUAUUGGUAUUCAUGUACAGCUCCUGUUGUAUUAUAUGUACUUUGAACAGAAUCUAUGCAAAGAGUAUUUUGUAUAGGAGGCACAGAAAGGCAACACCGUACAGUUUUUGGCCUUUUUUUUGUGUUGGGGGUGGGGGGUGGAUGGGGAGUGGUGCGCAGUCGCUAUGUAAUUAACAGAGCAUGUUUGAGUUACACAAACAUUUGCUGUAAUGUUUCUUGCUGAAAAGGAAAUCCCCAAAAAAUAAAAAUAAACUUUAAAUUUU